AUGCGGGAGAGAAAACUGGCCCGGCGUCAGUGUUUGACAGGCGCCGUGGCCGCCUCUCUUCUGGUUCCAGCCGGUCGAAAGGCCAAACAUUGUCGUGCCACAGCGGAUGGCAUCCAGACACCUGCAAGAAGGUCCCGAGCUGAGCUGCAAAAAGCCUUUGCGACCAUCAUGGUGCAAGCGUUGGUCUGUGGGAGUAUCGGUGGACUUUUGUUCUGCCCACUUUCGGAAGGACUCCGUAGCCUGAUGGCAACUCCGGCGCAGGAGGUGCUGAAGGAUGACAUGACGCAGUUCACCCAGAAUGCCUUUGCAGUCGUUCUGCUGGUCUUUGGCCUCCUCCUGGGGGAGACCUUGGCCAUGCUGUUACAAAGACAGGAUCGCCUCUACUGCGCCAUCUUCCAAGAAGUCUCCGAGGCUCGCUCCCUCGUGGAGCAGCUGACGCUUCUGGGUGGGGCGCGGCAGGGCAGGGCAGCUGUUUCCGAGUGGACAUCGAAUAGCGCCACUCUUCUGGACAGCAUGGAGACGUACCUCGUCCAGGAUCUUCAACGUCUUGGAGAGGCGCGCAUCCUGCAGAACGCAGGUGACGAGCCAGACCCUUUGGAGUCUCUGCUAUUUUGCACCUCUGUGGGUGUGCCGUCUUCUGUUUGCAGCUCUGUCCGUGCCAUUCGGCAGGCUCGCGCAUCACGCUUGGCAGCAGCCCAACGCCAGUUUCCCGUUGCGCAUCUUCUUCUCAUAGGGGUCUUUGGCACCUGCUCGCUUUCUAUCUUCCUCCUCCUGGGCGCUGGGCUCGCCGGCUUCGAGGCUGCGGAAGCCACCCGUCCUGGGCAUCUGCUGGCCAUCCUCGCCCCUCUAUUUGGGUUGCUGGUCGGUGUGCAAGCCAUCACAGCUGCGGUUCUUCGGGAGCUCUCCUUGCCGGGAGGGAGUCAGAUCUUUCGCGCCCAAGAUGUAGUCCAGCAGAGCCUGGAAGGUCUGCUAGCCGAGCUGCGCCAGCGGCGGGCCAAUCUCAUGGGCUGA